AGAGAGAAGGGCAACGCAACAGCAGCAUCCACAUCGAGUCACCAUCCAUCCAUCUCUCCAUCUCUCUAUCUGUCUGUUCUUCUGUCUGAGCCACAGCUGAAAACAGCGGGUUAAUAAAGAGAGGCUGGGGUUUUUGCGGCUUGUUAUCAGGCCACAGUCAUAUCUGAAAAAAAUGACUAAAGAGGAUACUGCCGAUGUAGAGGAGGCCCAGCCUACCUCUGAGUGUACCAGUCCAAAACAUGAAUCUCGCAAGAAACCCAUAGUCCACCCCUCUGCUCAAGCCCCACUCCCCAAAGACUAUGCCUUCACGUUCUUUGAUCCGAAUGACCCAGCCUGUUUGGAGAUUCUGAUGGAUCCCUGCACCACCAUUCCUGAGCUGUUUGCUAUCAUCCGUCAGUGGGUUCCACAAGUGCAGCACAAGAUUGACAUAAUCGGCGAAGAGAUUUUAAAGCGUGGAUGUCAUGUUAAUGACCGCGAUGGACUGACGGACAUGACCCUGCUGCACUACAGCUGCAAAGCAGGGGCUCAUGGAGUGGGAGACCCUGAGGCAGCUCUCAGGCUGACCAAUCAGCUGAUAGCUCUGGGUGCAGAUGUCAGCCUCCGCAGUCGUUGGACCAACAUGAAUGCACUCCACUAUGCUGCUUACUUUGAUGUUCCUGAGCUGAUCCGGGUUCUGCUUAAAGCUUCUAAACCUAAAGUACUCAACUCUACCUGCAGUGACUUCUACUAUGGCACUGCCCUGCACAUUGCGGCCUCCAACCUCUGCCUGGGAGCUGUCAAGUGUCUUCUGGAGCAUGGAGCCAACCCUACUGUCAGAAAUGAUAAGGGCCAAGUCCCUGCUGAUGUGGUUCCUGAUCCCAUGGACAUGAGUCUGGAUAAAGCAGAAGCAGCCAUGGUGGCUAAAGAGCUAAAGCAGCUACUGUUAGAUGCUGUGCCCCUCAGCUGUAACCUUCCCCGUGUCACCUUGCCCAACUAUGACAACAUUCCUGGCAACCUCAUGCUGUCUUCUCUCGGCCUGAAGUUGGGUGACCGAGUGGUUCUGGAUGACAUGAAGACGGGCACUCUUCGUUUCUGUGGAACCACUGAGUUUGCUAGUGGUCAGUGGGUGGGCAUUGAGCUGGAUGAGCCAGAGGGCAAGAAUGAUGGGAGUGUGGGUGGAGUCCGCUACUUCAUCUGCCCUCCCAAACUGGGAAUCUUUGCCCCUGUGUCCAAAAUCAAAAAAGCUGUGGAUCAAACUCCUUCCUCAGUCACCUCCACUCCCAAAACCCCCCGCAUGGACUUCUCCCGUGUCACUGGCAAAAUCAAGAAAGAGAAGAAAGAGAAAGAUCGUGAGAAGUCUUUGAGGAGGAAAUCUCUGUCAGUGGCCAGUCUGGAUCCUGAUGGAGUGAAGAUUGAAGUGGGAGACCAGGUUCUAGUGGCUGGACAGAAGCAAGGAAUUGUGCGUUUUUAUGGCAAAACAGACUUUGCACCAGGCUUUUGGUUUGGUGUGGAAUUGGAGCAGCCCACUGGGAAACAUGAUGGCUCUGUGUUUGGAGUUCGCUACUUCAGCUGCCUGCCCAAAUAUGGAGUGUUUGCACCACCUUCACGCGUUCAGAGAAUUGGAGGACCGAAAGAAUCCCAGGGUGAUGGGAAGCUGGUGAAGAAAGUUCACCAGGUGACUAUGUCCCAGCCAAAGCGUAACUUCAGUGCGGUGAGGUCUCCCAAAGACAUCACAUCCGAGAACUCCAUAUCCAGCAGGUUGCUGUUCUGCUGCUGGUUCCCCUGGAUGCUACGUGCAGAAAUGCAAUCCUAAACUCACUACUUAUUACUCCUCCCACCCCAUCUUUCUGUUCCUUCCCAAAUGAUACAGUUCCCCUCUCACUGUCCAUCCAUUUAUUCAUUUGGCAGACGCUUUUUUCAAAGCGACCUACAAAUGAGAUACAGUAUAAUCCCAACAUGGAGCUGAGGAUUAAAGGUUUUGCUCAAGGGUUCGUCAGUUCUCUGGCAGUUAAACUCCCAAUCUUCUUAUAACUAGCUCAAAACCUUAAAGCACUGAGCUAGCACUGCCUGAGCAGCCGUCCAUCCUUAACCUGGGCUUUUCUCUAAGAAUCAUGCAGACUGUCAGAGGCACAAAUGUGCAAGGUCCCUCUCCCAGCCUCCCCUUUGACUGCAGUUCAAUAGCAAAAACUAGUGCCUUGUAAAGAAACAGUGUCCUGCAUUCCAUUUGUUAAAUGAUCAGUAAAAGAACAAGGUAUCUUGAAUUCUGAAUUAGGGAAAGGUAACCCUAAAAAAAGCCAUUCAUUAGUACAAAAAAUGUAGAUAAUUUUAUGUUGCCAAAAAUCACCCUAAAAUGAAGGCCACAAAAACAUAAAGGCAGAUGUCUUUGUGGGCUUUGGUUGUGUCUUUUUAUUUUAAGAAGCAGCUUUAUUCAGUUUACCCACAUGCCCUGGCCUAAAAUUGAUUGUGGGUGCUGUUGAUUCAUUGUGCACUGUUAUAAUUUCAGUGUUCAGUAGAAAACCAAGCUUUUAAAUGCCUUUUCAUUAGUUAGUUCAGUAGUUGUUGUUUGUAUAUGGAUAAUUAAUGUCAUUAUAAGAGAUGUUAAAUUUGCACAUGCAAUGACAUAAAGUAACGACACAUUAUCUAAAGCUACAGGAGACAGGAUUUAUUGUUAUUAUAAUUGCUGUUCACAAUGGAAGUGUGCAUUAUAUUCAUAUUGUUGUGCUCUGCAUGACAAUGGGCAGACAUGGGUAUACAGGGCAAUUAAUAAUCCUGUAAUUAAUAAUAAUACAUACUACCACAGUACACUACAUACGCUAAAGGGUUAAUUAAUAAACUCAUAUAAUUCUGUAAUUUUCUAUGUAAACCAAAAAAUAGGACAAAUACUAUCCUAGUAUAAUCACCUGUGUAAAGAAUAAGUAUGUUCAGUUAAUUAACUAAUCAGUCAAAUUAUAUAAUGGAGUGACACUGAAACAGAUUUUUUUUGGAAAGUAAUUUUAAAAAGGUAUCAUUUCAUGAGUUAACGAUCCAAUAAUACUUAAUUAAUCUACAAUAAAUUGUUGUACAUAAUUUUCUGAAACGUCUCUAUAUAUAGAUCUCAUUUCAGUUUUAAAAGGUCUUAUUAAUGCUCCACUUCAACACUUCUAGCAGUCAGAAAAGUGUGUAAAUAUUUGUCAGCAAGUGCUUAGAUAAAUAAACAGCAAUAUUUAACCUACGUCAACUUGCUCUUUGAAUACGGCUGACAUAUUAGUGUACGUAAGCACAGCAUGACAGAGAGUUCCAGUCUCUCAAUUUUCUGCCCUUAUCUAAUUUAACUGCUUUGGGUCAUGUCAUUUACCUUCAUCACAAGCAGCAUUAAGAGGAAUUGGGACUCAUCAUUGGUCUACAGCUAUUGGCAAUCUGUGAGGGGGAAAAAGACAAAAUUGGCUUGUGCACCUUUUCUAUGAGCAACUUGAUCAACAGAACUGCAAAAAAAAGUCAAAAGCAACACUGCUUUAACAGAUCUAGAUAUAUUUUUUUUCCAUAGUGUUAUCAUACUGCAACUUAUUCAUGUAUUAUUGACUUUGUGUAGUGCAAACAUUGUCUCUGUAGUGGUAUGAGACUAGUGAAAGGCAUUUAAGAUUGAGUGCGAAAUGUCCUACAGUAUAACCAGUAGUGAACACAAUCACUGAAAUGUGGCAAUUUGUGACAAGUGUAUUGUUUUAGGGUGACUUUUUAAACUAUACAUAUUUCAGUAAAAUAUACUAUACAUGUUCCAUCAAAAUCCUGUGACUUCAGUUUCGAAACAUGUUUCAUUUCAUUCAUUUGCAAAAGAAAUUGUUGGUAGAUACUUUAACUGCGGUUUAGAGCGUAUGAAAUAUCUCUCCGUUUCAUUCCUUACAGAUCAAGAGAUGGAAAAAAAUUUAAGUAGUUAAUGCAUUUUGUUAAUCCACACAGUCAUGUAGGCUACUUGAUAUUAUUGAUUUGUAAACCUUUAUUUGUCCAAGAAGAUAUAUUUUGAUAAUUUCACUAUGUAUUUUUUAAUGUGCAUCAGUUGGACAACCUGGUGACAAUAUCCAUGUUUAUGUGUUCAUGUGAACUAUCUACUACAAGAAAUAUUUGUGAUGAUUGUUAUGCUUGGAGUCAGUUCUGGGUUUGCUAACUAGGCUAAUGCAUGCUGUUAUUAUGAAUUUGUGCUUUCUUAUUUUUCAGCAGUGUAUUAGCAUGUUAAUAACAUAAAGUGGGAAUUCUCCCCUUAUGGAUAUACCAUUAAUAGAUAUACCAUUAAUAAACAUUUGGUGUUUCGUA